AUGGUUGACCUCUUAAUCUCAAUUGACGAGAUAUCAAAAACUUAUGGAAAAGUUCGAGGGGAUUCUGCAAAUGAGCUCAUCCGUAAAAACAGCAGUUCUUCCUACAGCGAUCUGAUAAAUCUAUACAAUGGUCUCAUCCAGGAUUCUGAAAAUAACCCAAAUGUUGAUUUGUGAAAAUUGUGGCGUGCUUGCUAUGCAAAUGCAAUUCUUACGCUUCCUUUUGUCAAAGAAAACUCUGAAAAUCCUUCAUUUAAUUCAAAAUUAGCGCCUCAGGCUUUUGAACAUCUUUUAUAUCUAGCUACUCAAUAUAAUCAGCCGUUCCCAAAAGCCAAUGAACGGCUUGUUUCAAGAAUCAGUGAGGCUAUAAAUAAUGCUGAAUCUAUUGAAGAAAUGAUAGAAUGGGCUAGACUUGCAAAAGAUAUUAGCAAACAACUAGGAACUGGGAUUGACUAUGUCAUAAACUUAAUUUCUAUUAAAUCAAAAACAGAAUUUUAUAAAAAUUCCAGCUCAGACAACAAAGAUAUAAUUUUAAAAAAUUUAGAAAAUUUAUUGGAAUUAAAAAACCUGGAAAUUUCAGGUGACGAUGUACAAGUUAUUUAAACUUAUAAGAAAAUUAUGCGCUCGGCACCUUUCUUGCCAUUUAUUUAUUUACAUAGUCAUUCCUCGCUUGCUCGCCAUUCGCGUUUCACGACAUCAUAGGCUUGCUCUAGCUAAGCGAAGCUACUUGUAAUUCUGAAAAUUUGCGCCACCAUGCUACAUGUCUUACAGGGUUGCUUCCAUGGAAAUUUGAAUUAUGGCUGAGUUUCAGGCAAAAUAGAAGCUAGAAGUCAAGCAAGGCCUAUUACAGCUUUGAAAUAUUAAAAAAUACCUACUGCUGAACAUUCCGCACUACUACUCCAUACAAACUUUGCCGGAUGCAAUAGCAACCCUUCUUCCUCAAGAUCUCAAACCCCUUGAGGGAGCUAAGAAGGUAGUCGAUUAUCACGCCAUUUUUUAUUUAUAUGGCGAUGCACAAAAUAUUGUGGUUGAUUAUGCGUUAGCAUGGAUUGAUGAUGUAAAUGAUUUAAAAAAAUUUAAAGAGUUUCGAGGAGAGAAGGUAAAUCCAGACCCAGAUACAAGUAGAAAAAUGCUGAGAGUGAUUAAAAAAUUGGAAUUAAGUGAAGAAAAAUAUCAAGAAAAAAUCAAAAAUUUAGAUGAAAUUUUUCCAGACCAAUAUGUCCCGGCAGUUGAGGAAAUUAAAGAGCUGGAUGAGCCUAGUCCUGCUUUAAUUACUCAUAGAAGUCAAAUAGUAAUGGGAAAUGCGAUUUUUAAGCAUAAUGAUAUAAAUCACUCCUCCGUAAUUGAGCAAAAAUUUUUCUAGACUGUAAUUAUUUUUUUUUAUUAAUAAAUUAGGAAAUUUUAAUCCUAAAAAAUUGAAAUAUAACUAAUUUAAUUUGCUAUUAUGUUUUGAAUGUAGCUGUUUAAAACUUAGUAGAAUUAUUAUUAAUUAGAAAGCAUUAGUUUAGGAUUUCAUUAUAUUAAUUAUAAUUAAUAUAUUAAAAAAUGCAGCCUCAUGCAAUAAAUAAUUUUUGAUUGAGGAAUAGGUUUGGAAAAUUGCUAUUUGAUUCACGAAAGAUACCAUUUGUCUUGCGAAAAUAGUUUGGUGAACCAUAAUGCCAUUCUUCAAGUAGAUUCCUCCCGCUAGCAAUCUCUUAUAGUGUUUAUGAUAAAGCUAAGAACGCAUCAAAAAAUAGGAUUUUUCCAAAUAGCUCGCUUACUCACUCAGAGGAGCAAGUGUUUACGAAUGUAAACUAAAUUGGUAUGGUCAAGAAAUUAUUGCAGCUAUAAAAACUUAUAAAGAAGAUAAAAAUUCCAAUAAAUACCGUGAGAGAUUCAAAAAAGAAGUAGAAAUAUUAAGCAUGACCUCAGGCAGGGGUUGAUUUUUUCUAGACUAUUAUGGCAGCUUUAUUGAUAAAGUAAUUGAAAAUAAUACCGAAAAGUUCUGCUAUAGCGUUUUAAUGGAAUAUUGCCCAAACUCUCUAGCUGAUAUAAUUAAAGCAAGAAAAAGCAAAGGCCUAAUAUUUUCUGAAGAAGAGCUUUACAAAAUUUGCCUUGACUUGCUCGAAGCUUUUAAAAGUUUAGUUAAUUUAAGAAUUUACCAUAGAGAUAUUAAGCCAGACAAUAUACUAGUGUCAAAAGAUGGACAAUUAAAAAUCGGUGAUUUCAAUAUAUCUGGCGUCGUUGAAGUAAUAGAAAAUACUUGUAUGCCUACUGAAGAGCAUGAUGUUUUAGGAACAACAAGCUUUAUGGCCCCAGAGCUAAAAAAAGCUUGGAUAAAUGGUAAAUCAGUAGAAAAGUACAGGCCUGAGCGAUCUGAUGUUUUUUCACUUGGGCUUGUAUUUUAUCUAUGUGCAACAUUUAAAAGCAUUUCAAGAUUUAACGAUGAUAAAAAUAACAGGGAAAAAGUGAGGAAAGAUGUAAAGCUGCCUUGGCUGCAAAAACUUAUAUAUGAGAUGCUUGAUUUUGAAUAUAAGAAAAGGCCUUCGUUUAGGAGGAUGGUCAUGCAUGAAACCAACUCCCUUCUAAAACGCAAAUUUUCUAGCAUUGAAAAUAAAAAUACAGAGAUGCUUUCAUAGCACCUAGCUUUAGACAAUUAAAAUAUUGUUUUUAGCAUUUUUCUAAUAUUCUCUAUCAAAUCUCUUAUAUAUUAGUAUGGUCUUUUACCAUAUAAUUGCGCAUUUAUGUAAGAUAUUAUGGAAUAAAGUAUUUAAUACAUUAGCAGAAGUCCUAGAAAUGAAUUAGAGUAGCUUAAAAAUUAUAUAUUAAAAAAUAUCUCUUAUAUUUUUAUUAUCAAGAUUAGAUAAUUUUUAUUUUUGAAGGGAGUGGGUUGUGGGUUUCAUGGUAGACCUAGAGGAUUUUGAAGCAUAUGAAAAGAUACUCAACAGAGCCGCUCUCUUAA